GUUUUCGAGAAAAGUCUUUGAAAAUCACUUUUAUUUCGAAUCAAAGCGUUGUUGUUGUUGUGUCACGUGAUCUCACAUUCACUCCAAUCACGUGAUUAACGAUGUCUUCAAUUCGGAAAAGAAUUUUCGGCGAAAAACAAGAGAAAGAAGUUUUGGGAAAACGGAAACAAGUAUUCAAUGAAAGAUCAAGUCUUGGAUGUCUUCGUCUAUUAGUCUAUGGAUUAAUCGUUUUAUUAGUCAUUGUUUUUGCAAUUUCUCUCAGUUUUCGGUUUUCCGAGACUUUUCGUCGAAAAAUGGUUUUUAUGAAUGACUUUAAUAUAGAAUUUCGAAAAAAUCUUUCGAAACCUCAAGACUUUGGUCUCAAAUGUGUAAAAACGCAUCAAAUUGUGGACAAAGAAGGAGUUCGUUUGGGUCUUUGGCAUAUUCUUCCUCUUUCGUCCAACUGUUCCGUCGACUCGAAGACUGCUUUCAACGACAAUAAACGCGUUUAUCUGUAUUUACACGGAAACGGCGGCGCAAGAGGAGGACAUCACAGAAGACUUCUUUACCAAAAACUGAUUGAAACGGAAAGUCAUGUUUUGGCUUUUGAUUACCGAGGAUUCGGAGACUCUUCUCCUUUGAAACCGACGAAAGACGGACUCAUUUCGGACGCCUUUUCCGUCUUCAAGUGGUUAUUGUCUAAUGAAGUGAAUCCCAAUCGAGUGGUUGUUUGGGGACACUCUUUGGGAACGUCUGUUGCCAUCUCUUUAGUCACUGGAUUGUCUGAAUCGGUUCUUCCGUCGGUUCUUGUGAUUGAAUCCGGGUUUACAUCGAUCGGAGACGCCGUAAGAGUUCAUCCGUUUUCAAAAGUGUUUCGAUUUUUGCCUUUUUUCGAGACAUUUGUUGUCAAACCUCUAAUCGAAUCAAAAGAAACAAAUUUCGACUCUUUUUCGGUCAUAAAAAACGUCAAAAUUCCGAUUCUUUUUCUUCACGACACAAAUGACGCAAUAAUUCCCUUCAGUUUAGGGAAAAAACUCUUCUUUGAGUCCGAAAAAAGACAACAAAGAACUCAAUUCGUGGCCUUCGAUGACGACUUCGGACACAAAUAUAUAGUUUUGGCCAAAGAUUUGGCGAAAAUUCUCAACGAUUUUAUUGAAAAAUAAUUGAAUAAAAGUUAGAUAAAAAU